AUGGUCACAGCGACAUCGACACGUCCCGCGCCUACGGCAACGGCACCUCAGAGUCUCUCUUGGGAGAAAAGUGGUUGGCAAGAGAGGAAUUUGCGGAUCCACACGAAAAUAUACCCAACAGCGAACUGGGGGGCUGGACCCGAUACUUACACUCUCGGCGCAGACGAUCUGCGACGAGCACUCAACCGAAGCCUCGAAGCGCUGAACACAGACAGCGUGGAUCUCUGGUAUCUUCACGCACCGGACCGCAACACACCACUCGAAGUCACAAUGCAAGAAGUUGACAGGUUACAUCGGGAAGGCAAAUUCAAACGUCUUGGAAUCAGUAAUUUCAUGUCCUGGGAAGUCGCCCGGAUGUGUGAAAUUUGCGACCGUCAUGGUUGGAUACGUCCGUCUGUCUACCAGGGCAUCUACAACCCGCUUCACCGAGCGAUUGAGGCCGAGUUACUUCCCUGUCUUCGGCAUUACAAUAUUGCUCUAUAUGCCUUUCAACCUCGGGCAGGUGGCCUAUUGACCGGGCGCUACCAGCUUGAGACCACGUCCUUCGACUCUGGGACACGGUACGAUCCCAACAACAAGCAGAGCUCUACGAUGAGUGCCCGCUACUGGAACAAGACUACCUUCGCGGCACUGGAGAUUAUCCGAGUAGCUGCUCAAAAGCAUGGUCUCACCAUUGCUGAGUGCGCUUACCGUUGGCUGGUACACCACUCUGUCUUGGAUAAACCGCACGGCGAUUCCUUGAUUAUCGGAGCGAGCAGUGUCAAGCAGUUAGAAGGUAACUUGGCUGAUUCGGAGAAAGGGCCUCUUCCUGAGGAUGUCGCCCAAGCGAUGGAGCAGGCUUGGCAGCUCAUACAAGAGCCAGUCCGGAAAUACUGGCAUUAG